AUGGAGAUAUUGGGUAUAAAAUUUGCACCGUUGAAUGUGCCGCUGAAACGGAGACUGGAAACACUAUCAGUCACGCUAUGGUUCUUCAUAAUGUGUUUUGGUCCUGUGCUUUCUUUUGUUAUUAUUGGCUAUCUCCUCUUUUUUACCACGACUAUACGCUACUACGUUUUGCUAUAUUUUUUGUGGAUGUAUUAUGACUGGGACACGUGCAACAAAGGCGGUAGGAGUACGAAAUUGACGAAUAUGAUGAUAAAAUCCCGAUGGAUCCAGCAUGUUUUCGAUUUCUUUCCCGUGACGUUGGUAAAAACCACCGAUUUAGACCCAAAUAGAAAUUACCUACUCUGCAAUUUUCCUCACGGGAUAUAUGCUUCAGGAGCAGUGGGUUCUUUUCAGUGUGAAAGUAGAGGUGCUAAGACAUUGUUUCCCGGUUUGCUACCUCAUGUUGUCGCGCUGUAUCAAAUGUUCAAGAUCCCCAUCUUUCGCGAGAUCGCUCUCGCCAUGGAUUGUAUUAUAGGUUUCGUCAGCAGCAGUGAAGAAAGCCUGGACUAUCAGUUGUCGACGAAACCUCAGCCGCCAUUCAUUGGAAGACUAAUUGUUCUCAUCGUCGGUGGAGCAGGGGAAGUAUUGGAAUGUUCGCCAGGAACAAAUCGUAUUAUCGUAUACCAAAGAAAAGGAUUUGUGAGAGUGGCACUGAAACAUGGGACACCAUUGAUACCGUCCUUUUCGUUCAGAGAAACGGAUAUAUUCGACCAGGUGAAAAAUCCCUGUUUAGCGUUGGUUCAGCAAUAUUGUCGUAAAAAAUUGGGAUGCGUACCUGUGAUUCUGAAGGGUCGUGGAUUGUUCCAGUAUUCUUAUGGUUUUGUUCCGCAUCGGGUGCCUAUAACUACCGUUGUUGGCAGUCCAAUAGAGAUACCAAAAAUAUCACAUCCUACAAAGGAACAGAUCAACGAGUACCACAAACAGUUCGUCGAAAAAUUAACGGAGUUAUUUGAAACCCACAAGUAUAAAUACCUACCUGAUGCAGAUUCGAAACAUCUCGAGUUCGUAUAGUAACAACUGUCUAUAGUAAAAAUUACGUGCUAAUAAUAUUUCAGCGAACAAUUGUUGUUAAUUG